AUGCCAACCACAGUCAUAAUCGGCGCUGGCAUUAGCGGCUUGCAGUGUGCUUCGGCGUUCCUGCGGCUUGGUCACACAGUUACCAUCCUUGAGCGCGAGGAGGAUGUGGGAGGAGUAUGGCUUCGAUAUACAGCAUUCAAUGUGCAAGUCCCGCGGGAGUUCUUUCGCUUCCCGGACUUCGCCUGCCCGCCUGAGCUGGAACCCGAGGAGUACCCCACAGGCCGCUCCCUCCUCCGCUAUAUCAUCGCAUACGCGCACAAGAACCAGCUCUACCGCCACAUCAUCUUCCGAGCCACCGUCACGCGCCUGCAUCGCCUCUCCGGACAGUGGCAGUGCUUCUUUGACCUGCGGACCGACCGCGGUGGCGGCGGCGGCGGCGGCGGCGGGGGGGCCCCCCCCGUAGCUGGGCGCGGAGCAGGCCUGGCCAGCGGCGGCUUUGGCAGCAGUGCCGAUGGUUUUGCGAUGACGCCGCAGCAGCAUCGGAUUACCGCGGACUACCUGGUGGUGGCGACGGGGCUGCACAGCGCGCCGUACAUGCCGCUCAUUGACGUGAGGCCCGGGGGGCGGUUUUGGGAUAGUGAUACAUGA